AUGAAUCCUAUCUUACAACGUUUUCUCAAUAAAAAUAAUCUUAAACUUAGUUGUAUUUAUAAUAAUUUCUUUGUUAUUCGCUUGAAAUGGCAUUAUGAAUCAAAACAAGUUCAAAGUUUUGUUCAUGAAUUAAUUCAAGAUAAUUUCAUGCUUCGAGAAUAUGUUGGUGAUGGAUGUGCUCAUUCAGCAAUGCUUGAAAUUGAUAAUCAAGGUACAGUAGCAUGUGUAGGCAUGCACCAAACCCAAACCGUUUGGGUUUGGUGA